GCGGGCACAGGGCUGGGGGGGCGCUGGGGCGGUGCCAGGAGGUGCCCGGGAGGAGGUGCCCCGGGCACAGCGGCGGCUGGCGGCGACACUUCCGCCCCGCCAGGGCCACCCCAGACAGUGUCACCGCUCGGGCGGGCACCGGCACAUGGCAGCCACCGGCACCGGCUCCGCCGCGGGGGGGCCCCUGGCACUGCCUGGGCAUCUCCUCCUGGCACUGCUCUGCUGGGGUCUGGCUUCCUGCUGCUGGGGGGGUGCCGUGGGCCUGCAGCCUCCCAGUAUCACCAGUUUGAGGACCCCAGCACAGCGCCCCCAUCUGGGUGCCAAGGUGAGGGUGUCCUGCCAUGCCCGCAGCAGCCUGCCCCAGCUCAGCCUGCUCUACUGGCUGGGCAAUGGCAGCUUCGUGGAGAGCCUGCGGCCAGAGGGCACCCUGAGGGAGGGCACCACCCUGGAGGUGCCCUGUGGCCCGGGGCUGGUCGCCCUCCGCCGGGACCUGCUCUUCAGCUCCUUCAGCAGCUGGCACCUGCACACCAACUUCACCUGUGUGCUGCUCAGCCCCAUGGGUGCCCACAGCAGGGAGCUGAGCUGGCCCCCGGCAGCCCAGCCCCAGCCUGGCAGCAGCCCCACGGGGCCCAGCUGCAGCUCCUCAGCUGCUCCUGCAGCUCCUUGAAGACCCUGGGGGAGGUCCCACCAGAGAUGGGGCCCUGGGGGGGGCGAAUAAAGCACCUGAAGGCUGCUUGGUGCCAGCCCUGCCC